CACACAUCAUAGACUAUAACAUGUCUAAAUCAUUCACUUCCAUGUUCACCGUUCACACGUACAGUUAUGGAUAAACUAACGUUAGUCCAGUUUUUGUUGUGUAUUGGGACAGUCUGGGGUCAUGGAAGAAUGAUUGAACCCCCAAUGAGGUCCUCCAUGUGGAGAUAUGGAUUUAAAACUCCUAAAAAUUAUAACGACAAUGAAUUAAACUGUGGCGGAUUUGCGAAAAUGAUGGAUGAUGGUGGUCGGUGUGGCCCUUGUGGUGACCCUUGGAUAAGUCCACGAAAUAAUGAAGCAGGUGGCAAAUAUGCCACAGGAGCUAUAGCGCGACAUUAUGCCACAGGGCAGAUCAUAAACGUGACAGUAGAAUUAACGAGCAAUCAUAAAGGGUACUAUGAAUUCCGACUCUGCCCUAAUAAUAAUCCAUCCAGGGCUGUAACUCAGGAAUGUCUAAACAGAAAUGUUUUGAAUAUCAUGGGUCACGGAAAGCGAUAUGUCAUAGACUCACCAGAUUCUAACUUAUUUAUGGAGUUUCAGCUAUCGCUACCACCAGGAUUGAGUUGUUCACAAUGCGUCUUACAGUGGAAAUGGCGAGCAGCUCAGAACAAGGGGAGCAAUGGACAUGGCGGUGAAUGUUUUGGAUGUGGACCCCAGGAACAUUUUAUAAACUGUGCGGACGUCUCAAUAGGAAGCCGAGCCAAUGCACUACCUCUAAAUCGACCGGGGCAAAGAGGUGUUUUUAUCAGCAAAUCAGGUCCUAAAAUGAAUGUUAUUCAUAGCCCUUCAAAAACUACUGCUGUACCGAAACAACCUGUUCGAAAAGUUUACGAUGCAUCUGUUAUGGAACCACCAGUGGAUUCGUAUUCUAAUAAUUACUUGCCAACGAGCUCAAAUUCUCAAACUUCUAAUAAUUACCAGCCAACGAGAUCAAACACUCAGAGUUCUAAUAAUUACCGUUCUAAUAAUUACCAGCCAAAGAACUCAAACGUUCAAAAUUCUAAUAAUUACCAACAAAGGAACUCAAACACUCAAAGGAAUUCAAAUACUGGUCAUAGGUCAGCUUCUUCUCAAAAUAAAAUAUAUGUGUAUCAAAGGGAAGAGUCACCUCAAGAGUACACAAACAAUCAUCAGACACAUAAAAGCUUUAACCAACAUUCACCAAUUUCGAAACAAGUGUCGUAUGAUAAAAUGUUGGAUUCUAAAAAUCAAGUUACAGCUAUGGUAUUGCAAUACGUAUCAUCGUUGCCAAUGGAUACGGCUAUGGAAUCUGGUAUGAUUGAAUGUGAUGGAUUUAUUCGCCCCGUGUGUAAAGCUGUGCCCCUGUGGAAUAACAAUAGACCGUUUGACGAAUGGUGUACUGUUUUAUGUCCCACUGGAGUAUGUCCGGCAGCCGUCUGCUCGUGUACAUGCCCGCCUAAACAAAACAAUAGACAAAACAAUGUUCAAUAUGGGCAUGAACAACAAAUGAAGUGUCGAAGUAUGACAUCGUUUGGGGAUCAAUCAAUGGAUAGAUGGUGUACAAUCACGUGUAAUUCAAACCCAGACAACUGCCCAAGUGACCACUGCUGGUGUGAUGGACUGUAAUCAAGUUAUAUGCAAAUUUAUAUGUGGAUUGUAUCAACCCAUUUUGAGUUGUUUUCAACAAGCCAUACCCCCAUGGAACUUGCAGCAAAUUUAGCACGCAUAGGCUAAAUAAACCUGCAUUGUUAGAUAUUUAUUGAUAUUUAUUUUAAAAUUGAUAAAAAAAAACAUGGAAAUAAUGGAUCGCAAAAUACACAUAUUUUGUGCAUUUCCACAACAAAAUAAUGUUUAACAAUCUACAUGUGUUGUCCAUUAAGUAUACAAGGUGACAGGUAAAAAUAACAUUGGGGAUAUAUGUUGUCAUUAGAUAUCUGGAACAUGCAUUAAGGUGAUGAGUGUUGAUUUUUUAUUACAAUGUGCCAAAUUUUAAACUUACUAGGACACAAUGAUCGGUCAAGAAAGUGAUAAAGAUAAUAUUUUGGACCCGGUAGAUAUUUCUUUCUUUUUCUUUUUAAAUGAACAACGAGGUUAUGAAUGCCGUACUAAAUCUGUCAUUAAAAAUCGUUGUGGAUUAAUAUCAAAAGACAAAAUUGUAACAAUAGGUUAUCACGAACUAGAGCAAAACAUCAACCUCGCCAUCAAUCUGUUUUACUUUUUUGCCAUCUUUUUGUGUAAUUUAUGAAACGAUGCAUGAAACCAUUGAAUAUAAUAAAUAUAUUUUACCGGUAA